GGUACCUACCGAUAGGAAAAUGGCGGUUGUUGUCUUGGGAAAUUUAGUAGAUGAAAUUAAUUUUCCAAAAGUGUGACUAAAUAAUGUAAUUGGUUAUUUUCUGGAAAUUUAAAUCAAUUUAUCAAAGUUAUCUUUAAAAAAAUCAGUUUAUAUUACUACGAAAAAUGGUGUAUUUCCUCAAACUGAAAUAACGCGGUAGCAACCGCGUUUCUUGCAAACAAUCUCUCGGUAUGCUCUCGGUGAUUUAUUUGUGCAUUUCACCGAUAAGACAACUUGUGUUUUGUUAAAUUGAGGAUUUGGUUCUUAAAAAAUGUUAUAAAGUUGUAUACAUUUGCGAUUGGAGUGGUGAAAAUAGUGUAUUUUUGGAAUAGUGGUUAGUUUGACAACAAUGGGUGAAACAGAGGAAUUUAACACCCUAGCAUUCGAAAAAAAGCUGACUCAGCUAAAGGAUACUCAGGAGAGUAUCCAGGGUUUGUCGUCGUGGUGCCUGAAGCAGCGAGCUCAUCAUAAGAAGAUAGUUUCGAGUUGGCUGAACGUGCUCAAGAGGGUUAAGGUGGAACAGCGAUUAGUGCUCUUCUAUUUAGCCAAUGAUGUGAUACAGUAUAGUAAAAGGAAGAACUACGACUUUGUAGAGAGCUGGGGGCUCAAUUUACAGAAAGCAACACCCCUUGUGAGAGAUGAUAAGGUUAGAACAAAAAUAUUGCGUAUAUUCAAAAUCUGGGAGCAGAGAGCCGUGUAUGAUGAGGAGUUCCUCUCUGACCUAACUGGUUUGCUCAGUGCCGGUGCUUUGAAGAAGACUGAUGAUGAAUCAGUAGACUUUCAGCCACAACAAUUAGUAAAUAAAAUUAAACAAUGCACUGUGCUUGAAGCUGACACAGAUUUAAGACUGAAAUACAUACAUGACAGUCAUCUUCAGCUGUCUGAUGCUGACGCCCUAUGUGCCAGUCUGAAAGAGAAAACUAACAAAGAGGAAGUUGAAAAGGAGUUGAACGAGGGAAUAGCGUGUGUAGAGAAGUACACACAGGCUCUGCAAAGGGAGAUUGUUGCUAGGGAAGCAUUGCUGGCGUUGUUGAGUUCUGCAGAUCAGUAUUACCAGACGCAGAGAGGGGAGGUCAAAGUUGUUGCUUAUGCAUACAAAAACUUCGGCGCCCGCGUGCGCGCAUUAAAGCGUAAACUAGAUGAACUGAUGCCGACGCUGCCGCGCGCGGCUCCGUCCCCGCCGCAGCGCGACGAGGACGUCCCUUCCCCCGGGCCCGACGAGGAUAUUGACCUGCCACACAAUGACAACAACGAAGCCGAUGAUGAUAUCUCAUACAACAUAGACCGCACAUUCAACUCAUCGAUAGCAGCGGACGGCUCUCUCUACAACCUGGGUUUGUCAUCGUUCCUCACCUCAGACAAUCCUCUGUCGCUGUUCAAUGAGGCUAAGGACUCUAACAAUACCAGCGCAAACAAAAUAGAAGUGAUAAACUCGAGGCCCUCAGAGAAGCAAGACUUUAACAUAAAUGACUUCCUAAAGGCUUUAAUACCCAGUGAAAGUAAUCCGGCGAAUUCAGAUAAUAAUUUAGCAGCGGACGAGGACGCGACGCCGCGGCAGCGCGCGGCCGCGCGGCGCUGCUUCUACGGCUCCGCGCUCGACGGCGCCGAUGAACCAGACGCUCCAUACCAUCCAGAACAAACAAGCACUCCAUACCAACCGGAACAACCCAGCAAUCCUCAAUGGAACAGCAACACAUGGAUACCGCCAAUAACGGCGCCCCCGCCGGUGCCCCCACCCGUCUUCCCGCUGCCCCCUCGCUUCGCGGACACGCCCGAGUCUCCGCCACACAGCGCCCUGCCGACUAAUAUUGUCACACCUGUCACGUAUCCACAGAAGUUGCCGCCAGCGUCGGACGUGGACCAACGAGGGCUCCUGCCCCCGCCGCCGCCCCCGCCCGUACUCCCUCUUUUAGGACCGGCCCAAUCGUGCCCAGCCUUGGAGAAACUGCCAAUGACGUUUGCAGAGCUGUCGGACGUGGACCAGCGGUUCCUGCCCGCGCCCCCCUCCGCGCCCGCACAAGACGUGGACCAUCGGAAUCUAAUAUCGCUGACGCACCAACCGUCGCCGCGGCCGACCAAUCCGGCGCCCAGGCCCGUCGGGCCCCCAAUCAAUCUAGAUCAAGACUACAGAGUGCCGCCGAUGGUGACGCCCAGCGACAUUGUGGAGAGCAUCGACAUGGAUCUCUCCGAGGAUGAAGACCAGCAGGGUAUGUAUUCAAAUCAAAACGAACACCGACGCAACAGUUUCAAUAACAACAAAGUGUUGGUCGGCGGGGACAAUGGAACAACAAACCACAAGGAGUCCAACAACCUCAGACGACCCAACAACGAUUAUGAAGAGAAACUAACACCAACAACACCCGUUCAACCGUUAUCUAACCCAUUUGACAACAUGCCACCGGGGUUGAAAUUCAACAUGCCUUUCCCGGAGCCAGAGUUGGACAAUGAGGAGGCCUACGAUGAAGAUUUGAGAAGCAGAGGUCUAGAAAAGAGUCCGGUCAGAGAGAACUCCCCACCUGAGUUUGAGGACUUUGACAAUUACCAAAAUCGAAGCCCUAGGCCGUUCAUGAAUCAACGGUUCCCAAGGAAUUGGGGCCCAAGGACUUUCAGGCCUUCAGGUUUCGGACCACAACCGUUUUGGCCCAGGUCCAACGUUAUCAUGAGGCCUCCAAACAGAUGGCCCGGGCCUAGACAGCCGAGGUUUUAUUGAUCUGUGAUAGUGGAGUGGAUAAAGUGUUUAAAAACAUAUAUGGUUUUGAAGCAGCUAUGUGAUGUUAUCUAUGCAGUGAAGACUUCGGCCCGUCAUUUUGUGUACAUACGGAAUAGAUUGACAUGUCAGAAUGUGAGUCAAGUUGACAUACUUAUUUCAGUUUCGGCUGUUUUACGUGCCGAAAAAUCUGUGUUGUAACAUAGUGUGUUCAAGCAGUUCUCAAAUGUUUUAUACUGUUAUCAAUAAGCGUUGUCACUAAUUUAACACGGUAUUAUUUAGACUGGUGAAGAUUUAUCAGCAAAAAAGUAUAAGUCUAAAACUUAAAGGUUGAAUAAAAAAAAUUAAGUGACAAAAUUCGAUUCCGUCUUCUUGUUGAAAAAUGUUAUAGUUUAUUUUCAUUUGACCUUGCCUGAUUUUUAUUUUAAAAAUAUAUCUUUUACUCAUAUACUGUGCGAGUGGGAUGACAAUAUCAUAAAGUAUAAUAUGUUUUCUCAAUCAAUAUCUAUUGUUACAAUGUAUAAGCUACGAAGAGGUCUAAUUGAAUUUCAUAGAAAAAGUGAUUUAUGUAUGUCAACAAAUUAUGUGCAAAUUGACUCUGAAAUGUAUUUGUUAUGUAUGUAUAGAUUGUUUUGUGUGUACGAUGUAUAGUAUAGAUAGAGUUUUAUUCAUCUUUGAGUUUAUAUCGUGUUGAAUACGCAUACUUGUAUGGUGUAACAUACAUUUGUACAUACAACUUUUUUCUUCUAGUCUAUAGACAUAUAACUGACUAUUUUAAUUUGUUAUUGAUUGGAAUAUACGAUCGGAAAUGAGUGAAAUCAAAUAUAGUUUACGGCGCCAUUUUAAAUAUCAAGCUUUUCGUCCAAUUAUUGCUAUCUCUUGUUAAAUGAUAAGAUAAAAGAGAUAGCAAUAUUAUCCGAAUGGCGCCUUUAUACGUAAAUUUGGUGCCUGUGUGUUAGGUAUUUUUAGUCUCGGAAGCAGGCUUUGUGUUGAAAAAGUUAAUACGGACACAAUGGAUAAAUAUGUACUAGAUUGAGUAUUUAAGUGUGAAUAUGUGUCAAUUAUUUUAUGGUAAAUAAUAUAACUUUGGGAAGAGAUAUAAAUUGACUAGUUUUGACUUACAGGGUACAGAAAUUAAAUGAUAAAACUGGGUGGUUAUCGACCAAUCUUGACCAUUGUGAUUGGUAUUGCAAUCGCAAAAAAAAUUUGUUCGUCAAAUGUAACGGACAUUUAUUCAUUUUCUUUACCAUUUACUUCGAUCUACAUACGCGACAGCGCUUUAUUUGCUCACAUUUUUAUAUUAUUUACCACUAAGUACAAUCCACUGCAUAUCAAGUUUACAUCUAUGCCAUGGUAGGUAAUAGAGGCGAAUUUACAAUGAUUUUGGACAGGUUGAUGUGAUGUUGAAUGUACUAGAGUUUUAUCGUCUAAAAGCUGCCUGUAUGUAAUUUGUAAAGAUUAUGUAAAUAAUAGAUAUAACGUGUUAAAAUAGUCAGUAUGUAAAAUAUGAGUAUGGGAACUCGCUGUGUCUUCAGUUUGGCGAAACUAAAUAAAUAUAUAGGUUUGCUUCUUGCUUAUUCAAAUAAAGCUUAAUAAUAA